AUGCAUUCAGCGCGGAAACCUUCUCCUUUAAAUCCCAAGAGACGGAAAAUAGAGGGAAAAUCAUCACCAGAGAGUUCAGCCUCAUUUCAUCCAAAUGGAUUGAUAAACGACCACUAUACGGACAGCAACUUUGUAACCAACUUUCGUAAUGCUUUUCAAACCAGAACAGACUUUGAAUGUAGUACCACUAGUGCUAGACUUUAUCCUACGCCAUUCCGCACUGGCUGGCUUCCAGACAUAUUUUCGUCUCCUUUCGCACACAACGUAAAACAAGAAAUAGUCACCGAAUACUAUAGAUUGAAAUCUUCCGAUUUGUUUGAAUUUUAUCAAAGCGAUGAUUUAAAGGAAACAAAGAAACCACAGUUACAGAAAUUGCGGGAUGCAUUGUAUUCGGAUCAUUUCGUGUCGAUGAUGUCUAAUCUGACAGGAAUAGAAUUGAACGAUACGCCCGACAUAUCAGCGCACAUGUAUUUUGAAGGACAUUAUUUGUUGUGUCAUGACGACGAUAUAGAAGAUGACGGGGAAAUGACGGGAAGAAGGAUUGCAUUCAUUAUUUAUUUAGUCGAUGAAUGGAAUGAAAGUGACGGCGGAGCGCUGGAGUUAUUCAAUAUCGACAACGGAGGUAACCCGGCCGAAGUCACGCGCUCAAUACUACCAAAAUAUAAUACGAUGGCCUUUUUUGAAGUUACGCCGACGUCAUUUCAUCAAGUAGCAGAAGUCCUGUCGCCAACAAAAGCCAGGUUAUCGAUAUCCGGCUGGUUUCACGGAUCUUUAAAAACGCGACUAUCGCUUGCGGUAUAUCGCCCAAUUACGCCAAAAGUGUCGAAAAUAACAGAAUAUGUCAAUCCACGCUGUUUAACGGAUGAAUUCAUACAGCGAGCUAGAAAAACGCUCCGUAAGAAAUAUUUCCUAGAAAUACAGGAUUUUUUAAAGGAUGACGUGUAUGACAAACUCCUGGAAAGUUUAGACCGCGUCGGAUGGUCAGAAAAGCCAAUAGGUCCUGCCAACAUCCGUAAAUAUUAUCUGCCAAAGUCAAACACCGUCGAUAACCUUUCCGUCGAUUCGGCCUCCCUCCCAUUGCACAGCGCCAUUCAAUCAUUCUUUACUUCCGGCGCGUUCGCCGAAUACCUGUAUAGUAUCUCGUGUUGGCGAUUCCAUUCUGUUGCAUCGGAAACACGUCGUUUCUAUCGCAACAACUAUACAGUUAUACACGAUAAUGGAUGGGAUAGAGAAGGUCUCGAUGUAGUGUUUUCUUGCAUUCGCGGUGUAUGGAAUGAAUUGUGGGAGGGAUCUACUAUUUACAUCGAUACCGAAGUAGAACCUGAUGAAGAAGGUACCGAGAAAAUAUAUGAAAUGUGGCCGGAACAGAACGUGCUAACUUUGGUGUUGAGGCCAAAAAUGACUCAUAGGUUUGUCAAGCACUUAAAGUGUGAAGAUGGGAAGUGA